AUGGCACCAUUUGAGGCUUUGUAUGGGAGGAAAUGUCGUAGUCCAAUUUGUUGGAACGAAAUUAGUGAAACUAUGAUCUUAGGGCCUCAAAUUAUUGAAGACACAGUUAAACAAGUAAGGGAAAUUCAAGCUAAAAUUCAAGCAGCUCAAGAUCGCCAAAAGAGCUACGCAGACUCGAAGCGAAGGGAAGAAGAGUUCGAAAUUGGUGAUAAAGUGUUGUUAAAGGUGUCACCAAUGAAGGGGGUGAUGAGAUUUGGAAAGAAAGGAAAGCUCAGUCCAAAAUACAUUGGUCCAUAUGAAAUACUGCAAAGAAUAGGCAAAGUAGCUUAUAGGUUAGCCUUACCUAUGGAUCUUAGUAAAGUACAUGAUGUAUUUCAUGUGUCCCAACUGCGAAGGUACAUCCUUGAUAAAUCCCAUGUGCUACAACCCGAAACCAUUGAGUUAGAUCAAAGCUUAACUUAUGAAGAAAGACCUGUCAGAAUUCUUGACAGUAAAGUGCGUAGUACACGCAAUAAGAACGUUAACAUUGUGAAAGUACUUUGGUCUAACCAAGAAUAUGAGAAAGCCACUUGGGAGGCAGAGGAUGAAAUGAAAAAGAAAUACCCAGAACUGUUUCAGGUAUUAGUGCUCUCAAAGAGACACAAAGGAGUGAUAAAUGACAAAAAGUACAGCAAUACUAUACACAAAAAGGAAAAGUUUUGA